UAGGAUCCAGUGGAAGAAAAAGUCAGGCAACCACACAGGCACACACCACUGGGAGAUCAGAACUUCUAGCUGGCCCUCUGCUGCCACAGCUCCACCAAAAGGGUGGGGAGGAAGAGGACUGACCCCGAGCCCAGAGGAGAGGCAGGUGUGCUCAGGAGCAUCACCUGGAUCAUGAGGUCAUUCUUUCGCUGGCUCCUCCCACUUCUCAUCUUGGCCUCUAUGGCCCAAGGCCAGUCAACAAGAAGACCAAGACCUGGGCCCGGGCGUAGGCCCCGGCCCAGGCCCAGACCCGUACCCACAGCCAGCUUUCCUCAGCCCCAUGAGCCAGCAGAGCCCACAGACCUGCCUCCUCCGCUCCCUCCCGGCCCUCCAUCAGUCUUCCCCGACUGUCCCCGGGAAUGCUACUGCCCCCCUGAUUUCCCAUCGGCCCUCUACUGUGAUAGCCGCAACCUGCGCACUGUCCCUGUCAUCCCGCCCCGUAUCCAUUACCUCUAUCUCCAGAACAACUUCAUCUCCGAGUUGCCAGUGGAGUCCUUCAAAAAUGCCACAGGCCUGAGGUGGGUCAACCUGGACAACAACCGCAUCCGCAAGGUGGACCAGAGGGUGCUAGAGAAGCUCCCGGGCCUAGUGUUCCUCUACAUGGAUAAAAAUCAGCUGGAGGAGGUGCCCUCAGCCCUGCCCCCGAGCCUGGAGCAGCUCAGGCUGAGCCAGAACCUCAUCUCCAGGAUCCCGCCUGGAGUCUUCAGCAAGCUGGAGAAACUGCUUCUCCUUGAUCUUCAGCACAACAAGCUGAGCGACGGCGUCUUCAAGACGGACACCUUCCAGGGCCUCAAGAACCUCAUGCAGCUUAACCUGGCCCACAACAUCCUGAGAAAAAUGCCACCCAAGGUGCCCCCAGCCCUUCACCAACUCUACCUGGACAGCAACAAGAUUGAGAACAUCCCCAACGGAUACUUCAAGGGUUUCCCCAACCUGGCCUUCAUUCGGCUGAACUACAACAGGCUCUCCGACCGAGGGGUCCCCAAGAACUCCUUCAACAUCUCCAACCUGCUGGUGCUCCACCUGUCUCACAACAAGAUCAGCAAAGUGCCCACCAUCAGCAACAGGCUGGAACAUCUGUACCUCAACAACAACAGCAUCGAGAAAAUCAAUGGGACACAGAUUUGUCCCGGCAACCUGCUGGCCUUCCAGGACUUUUCCUCAGAUCUGGAGAACGUGCCACACUUGCGCUACCUGAGGCUGGACGGGAACUACCUGAAGCCCCCCAUCCCGCUGGACCUCAUGAUGUGCUUCCGCCUGCUGCAGUCUGUGAUCAUCUAGGCCCUGCCCUGGCUGGGCCGCUCUGACUGCACUUGAAGGCCGGUGGCCCAGGUGCCUGGCCCACCAUCUCUCUCUCUCUCUCUCUCCUUUUAUUCCUCCUAAGCCUCUCUUAUCUCCCCUUUCCGAGGACAGAAAAGGCCAUGUGCUCUGCUGCAGCCCUGGAGCAAGAUUUCUCAGGGCUUAAUUAGGCCCCACCCAGUUCAAAGGCACCCCCUGCACGCAUGCCCAAGCACCUGGCCUUCUGUGGCAUCCCUCUGCUACAGAAACACAGAUGACUAAGGACUUCACAUCCUUCUCUCCUCUUCCACGUACCACUCCUGGGAAGGCUGGGCCAUGCACUGACAUCUGAUCUUGAUUCUGGCCAAGCAUGAAGCAGAAGAUGGUUCAGGGAAGCUCACAGCGCCCUUCUGAAAGGCCCUCUGGAGAGGCCCCAGUCCUAAGCAGCUCUGCCUUAAAGAGGCUGAGACCCCAGGUCUCCUCAACCAAGAAUCCCUUCUUCCCAAAUGGUUGCUCUGUCACCCUGCUUCCAGGCACUGCACUGCUGUCUGCCAGCUGCAUUCUGCAGGAAGGAAGUGCAAGAGGUGGGGCACAGUCUGGAAAGCCCUGCAUCUGGCCACCUCUGCACAGGGAAGAGUUCGAAGCCCUUCCUCGUCCUUUUCCAGGGAAAACAUGGCACACAUCCUCCUGGCUGGGCCUCAGAGAGGAACAGCCACUGUAGAGAAGAGCCACUCAAGGAGCUAGGAAUUAGCUGGAAGGAGAGAGUGGGUGGAGGGGGGUAGAGUCCCAAAAUGGGCCCAUACUAUGGGUGUGGAUGAGGCAGCAGAGCCCCUCCCUCAACUCAACAGGAGGCCUGAGGCCCUGGGGAACACAGUGUUCACAGUGGAAGGUCAGGAGGCCCAGCCCCACCCAACCAUCUGUUUUCUGUUAGUGUAGAUGGCCCAGUCAUUUCCACCAAUAACAAUUCCCCACCCCCACGGGGGUGGUCUUAGAGACAGGGGUGGAGCACCUGGAAAUCUCCCAGAAGUCUCUUCUGCUUGAAAAUUGCCCUAUCUCCAAGUCAGACACAUCAGUGACACCUGGUGGUUGCUCAAAGUCACAACUGAUCCAGUCUUCUCACCUUGCCUUUGGGGUGAUGUUCCAAGGCCAAGAAGCUAGUGUGGGGACUCAGCUUGGAAGAGCUAUGGGUGAUAGGUAUGACACUGCCCUCCUCUAGAGUACAAAGGGUCAAAAGCCCACAGCGAGUGAGCACAACUGGGGAGCUUGCGGGAGCCUAGACGCAGACACAGCUUAAACUUGACCUUGGCAGGUCCCUUCUACUGUGAGCUCCCACAUAUGUAAGCCCAGACUGAGGUGGCUCCUCUGAGGUGACCCCAGCACUGUGGUUCAAGUAUGCCGACCUUCUCUAAAGCAUACCCUGAUGCAAAACAAGUCCUCACAGUCAUCCCUCCCCUGCAGUAACUUAUGGAUGGUCUCCCCCCAGAGACACUUCUCUGACCUUCUCACCUGGCCCUGGUUAGCAGCUCGGCAGGUCUCCAAGUGGAACCCUCCUGUCACCCUUACCUUCUUCUUGGGGGUGCUGCCCCUCCACAGUCCCCUGGUGUAUGUGUUGGUGCAGAAUACUGGAAGAAGUUUCUAGAAAUGAGUAAGACACAGUACCUCCCCUCAAGUUAGGAUGUGAGAUGUUCCAGAAGCUCUUAAGAAAUUGGAUUAAACUGGGCCCUCAACGUCAAGAAAUUCCUAUCACACGCUUGCUCAACUUUCUCUCCUGCUAAAUAUAGAGCUGUGCCCACUUCACCACAGCCUCCGGCCGCUGUUGCUGGUUUCUCCAAGGCUCCUGCUUAAAGUCAGUGCAUUAGUGUGGCUGUAAGCAACCUGGUGCUAUGCCUGGAUAAACCCCUUUCUGCUCCUUCUUCACACCUAAAACUUCAAUCCUUCUGACACGGCCCUUGGGCACACCCAGCCCCUGUGGCUCUCCAGGGGGUCUGGUCCUGCAAACCUAAACACUUUGUUUCAACAGCCACGUGGUCACCAUUAUCCCAUUGCUGCAUCCAGAAUAAACCUGCUUGCUGCACUGCUCCCUGCAGCUGUAAGUCGUUGGGGUGUGAGCCAAAGUGGCUUUCCAGGUACCUCCACCCCUACACACAUGCACACAUGUACACACACACACACACACACACACACACACACACACACAGAGCGCUGAUUUCUUUUGGGUUUUAGAAAGCCCUUCUGUCUGACACAAGUUCAUUCCAUCAGUGCUACUGGCAUCUGCAUAUUCCGGUCAGUGCUUCGGGCAUGUACAGGUUCAGGUGUGCAAGCAGGUGUGAACAUGUACUCCGUACAUGAACCUAUUCUCUUGCAGACCAUGUUAACUUUCCCAUUUCAACAUGCUUCACAGCAGAGGAAAUAAAGUAAUAUGA